UGAUCCGAGUCAGACGUUGCCCAGUUGUCGCCCUGUGAAGAAGAUCGCGACGUACGAGAGAGAAACCGAAUUCGAACCCGAGAACAAAAACCAAAAAACUGGUCAAGAAACGUAAAGAAUCAUAAACAAAUCAACUUUAAACUCCAAACGAAUUUUGCAUACGCAGAUGCCAGAUAAAUAAGAUGUGGAAGUUUCUGCUUAUUUGUGUGGUGAUGAGUGCUCUGAAUCAAGAAUCAUCCGGGGCUGACCGUGUGCCGCCCCGCAGGAGACGUGCGUACGCCGGAGGAUAUGCGGGAGGAUAUGCCAGCAGUGGAGGAGGAGCCGGUGGCUACACGGGAUCCUACAACAGCGGCGGCGGAGGCGUGGGUCAUAGUAGCUAUGUGGGUACUGGUGGUGGAGGUGGUGGCUACUACGAUUACGAUGACGACUAUGGUAACUCGCCCAACUUUGGCAUCAUCGAUCCGUAUCUUUUCCAUCAGCAGCUGACGAACCACAUCCUGGCCCAGAACUACGCCAACCAACAAGCUAUAACGGGUCUGGCCACGGCUGGCAAUGCUUAUGCAUCUGCGGAUGCCUCUCUAGUCGACGACAACGAUGAUCGCAUCCAGCAGCAGAUUGCCGCCCAGCAGGCCUAUCAUGACAAUUUGGUGCGCCAGAAUCGCUAUAGGGGUGGAUCAGGAUCCGGGUCUGGAUCUUCCUAUAACUCACAUCGCUAUGCACCCAGCUAUGCCGCCGCCUCGGGAUCCAUUGGACCCAAUGGCUAUCGCCAAACGGCCUACAUCAACCCAGCCAAUCCGGCCUCCCCCAACAUUGUGAACCGUUUUGGUGGCGGAAGCGGCGGCGGAUCCUCAUACUCCAGUUCCAGCAGCUCCGGUGGAGGCGGAGGAGGAGGUGGUGGUGGCUACAAGGGUGUCUCGGUGUCGUCCUACAGCCACAGCAACGGAGAUGGAACCAGCCGACGUGGAGCCCAGACCACGGUCAACGACAACGGAAAGGUGACCUCGUACUCGGUGCACUCUUAGGGAGAUCGGUGGAGACUUUCUUGUGGCUAGGCCAACAUUUGCUACGGUCUGACAAAAGCAAUCCAAUCCCAUUUAAUGUGUAUAAAAAAAUAUAUAUAAAUAUACGUGUAUUUUAUUGUAA